CUUGGCAGGAGUGUGUGUGGCAGAGUGGGUACAGUCAGCUUUUUCACUGGGCGUAUAAAGUGGGCACAGUCUUACAGUUUGGAUUACUAGUGCCGGCGGCAGGCCACCACCACUCAAAAAGCCUCCACACGUACCUCACUUGGUUACUCCUGACUCAACUACACUUAUCAACACCAAAUAUGAACCACGGACAAUACUGAGUGUUGAACCCCACAAGAUGUCGACGAUCAAGAGCGACGCAGACGUGCUAGUGGGCGACGCCAUGGUCCUGUUUCUGACCAACGACACCAUUGUCGGAGAGUUUCUACGGAAGGUGAGCAAGACGGUGUGGCGAGCAGACUUCUGGCUUCCGUCUGGUAUCUCCUGGCAGGAUCUCCAGAGCACUCAAGACCUUCACUUUCCUGAGUUCCGUGAUGUUUGGAUUUAUCCGUUGUUAUUCGGCUUAGUCUUCCUGCUCAUCCAGCACCUGUUGGUGGAGCCCUUGGUGCUGGGCCCCCUGGCUCGGGCGGCGGGUAUCAGAAACUGGCGGCCGCCUCCUCCUCAGCCCAAUGCCUCCCUCGAGGUAUUAUUCUGCAAGCAUGGGAGAAAAGUGCCAGAAGUGGUACUGCUGGAGGCGUUGCGAGCAUCCAACCUGUCAGUACGCCAGGCCGAGAAGUGGCUCCGGACUCGGUACAUUGCAACCCGUCAAAAUAAAUACAACUUGUUCCUGAACUCGGGCGUGAUUGCCAUCACGCACAUCGUCUUCUUCAUCAGCGGAUGGCUGAUCAUGUACUCUAAACCCUGGGUGUGGAAUAUUACGUUGUGCUGGGAGGAUUAUCCGUACCACAACGUCGACGACGACGUCUGGUGGUACUACAUGACAGUCCUCUCCUACUUCUGGGCCGUCUCCGUCUCGGAAAUUGUCCAUCCUCGCAGGAAGACGGAUGGCAAGUUGAAGAUAAUAGUCCACCAUGUGACAACAGUGAUGCUCAUGACUUUUUCCUGGAUCUGCAACUUUACGCGCAUAGGGACGGUGGUGUUGCUGGUGCACGAGUGCGCGGACAUCCCGCUCCUGCUGGCCAAGAUGUGCGUGUACGCCAGGAGGCAGAGAGCCGCCAACGUCCUAUACGCCGUGUUCAUGGUGCUGUGGCUCGUCACCCGGUGUGUGAUCUACCCGUUCUGGGUGAUGCGCAGCGUCUUUUUCGAGGCCACCACCUACAUGUUCAUGCCCUCGGCCUAUAUUUUCUUCGCUCUGUUGACCGCUGUUGGAUUGCUCAACCUCAUGUGGACGGUGCUCAUCCUGCGAACUGUCAUCCGAAUUAUACGAAAAAAAGGUCCUCUCAAAGAAGAAAGGUCAACAACGGAAAUUGAAGACAAUGAAGAAGUAAAGAAAGAAGAGUGAAAAACUAAAUUAAUUGACAAUUUUAAUCUUUGUUGUAAUGAAAAAAGUAGUGUAAACUUGACGAUAUCCCACAAAGUGUACCACAGUGACCUUAAAUUAAUUAUGUUCAUGACUGUCCUCUUUUGGUCUAUAUUCCAUGUUUACCAUUAACUGAUGAUGAGUAAGACGCCUGACUUGUUUCUGUAGUGAGUCACUUGUAGACAACAUUAAUGUUUGACUCGUGAGCUUAAUGACCAAAACAGGCAGGUCGUGUCACGGUGACUGGUGCUCACUGCUGAAAACUCUUUUUAAGAUACCAGUUUUCACUUGGAAUUUAACACUUUUUUAUUGCAUGAUAAUUCCCUUAAAUUUGUCAUAGAAUAAGUCCCUCUCAGAGUUGCCACUUGUGAGGUCCCAGAGUUGCCACUUGUGAGGUCCCAGAGUUGCCACUUGUGUGGUCCCUCUCAGAGUUGCCACUUGUGUGGCUCAUCCCAAAGGGACAGUCUUCAAUAUUUCCGCUGAAGUCAAAAACUGUAUUUUCUCUUUUACAACUAAUAUUGUAUAAUAUUGUUUAGCGCCUAGAUAGGCCUAGGUUAGGUUAGGUGUUUUGGUUC